AUAACAAAUAUUUUGUUUUUCGAUCUUAUUUUGUGUUUCUUAACCUACUCAGAAAUCAAGUAUUCAUCCUCCCUCCUUCCAUCCCGGAAUACAAUAAAUCAUCGAAUGGAGCAUGUUUAGAAAUUGGUACCAAACAACCACCUCAUCGAAUGAUAAGCCAUCAGGAGCCGGGUUUCGACGCGCAUUCAGUGCAGCGGUGCAGCGCGCCAAAUACUUCAUCACAAAAUUCAUCGUUACCAACCCCUUUAUCGCCUGCAAGAGUUAUUUCUAAUCGUCUGAGAAAAAGCAAAUCUCGAAAGAUGUCGAGUUCCACCCGUAACCGUGGUAACAUCGAGGAGAGUUUGACAGAGAAAGAUGGAAAGAGUAAACCACUGCCAGAUGAAUACCUCGUCGAUCUCGAAAUUGUUCAAAUUCAUCGUCGGCCGUAUUUCCAGACUCAAGACAGCAGGGAACUUGUAGAGGUUCGUCCCCGUGGCUUGAGGGAUGAUGGCCCAACUCUUCUCGCGUUUAGAGCAUUGUCAGGACAUAUCAUGAUCGACUGGAGAGCAAAGAGCAACUAUAAAGCGGCAGAAAGGAUCAAGGAAUUGAUGCCAUUAGCAUCCUUGCAGGGCCCACGUCACGAUCAACUGCACGAACCAGCCCCUGCGCACACACAGUCCUCAACCAUCACUGCGCAACAUCCUCGUGACGUCACACUACUUGUUGCCAAUGGCAUCGUCUAUAAAGUCAGCGACGCGUAGUUUAUUCUCAAG